CGCCUUUGUACCGUUUUAAAUAAAAGUGUGACUUUCGCUAUCACGAACAACGUCGCUAGCUGGCAAAGUUAUCCACCUGAUGAAGUCGUUUCCAACCUUCACCUGAAGACGACGACUAGACCGACCGCUGCCGCCUGCUGGAUCUCAAUACGGCCUGGUGAUUGGACGGUUGGAGCCAAGCACUUUGGCUACAUCCUGCAUCAAAAAUCAUUACACAAGAUUAUUUGCCAUUACAUGAACAGAAAACGUUUGCCAGUUUGCUAACAGACAUUUCUAAAGGAUUUCAAAGGGAUGUCCAGUCGAGGUUGUGCGGGUCCCCGGAGGAAGCGGGACAUCGAGGAGCAUCAGAAGGAGAGAAGGCGGGCUCUGCAGGCCCGACACCGAGCCAACCUAGCCACCUUGUUCGAGACACUCAAAACCGUCGUCUGUCCCACAUCCUACAAGAUGCCUGCUAAGUGGAAGAUCUUGGACCAUGCCAAAGGAUUUCUCAAAGAGCAGGAAGCCUACCUGAGCAGACUGCUGUCACUGAAAGGGAUAUUCCUCGGCAAUGAAGAUGGGCCGUGCAGCUUGGAUGAAGUCAGGGCAGAGUACCGGAGGCUGCAGUCACACAGCAGCUCCCUGCGCUCCAGAAGACCUGGCGGUCACAGACGUCAUGGCGGGGCUGACGGAGAGGACCUGAUUGAGACCAGCGAGGAAGACUCUGUGGAGGAGACUCGGGAUGACUCCGCCCCCUCUCAGACGUCCGUCAACUCUCGAACCAACAUCCUGGAGUUUGAAGGGUACUUGUUGUUCUACAGACAGACAUUAGAGAAGUUGAUCUGUAGUGGUGUGCUGAGCCCGGGACAGACUGGGCUGGCUGUAGUAUCUGAAUCUAUCUCAGGCCUGUGGGAUAGCUUCUCUCCAGAGCGCCGGGCAGCCUACCAGACCUGUCCCCCACAGCAGAGCACCCUGGGCUGGGAAGGGCCGGCGGAGAGACCCCCUGAUCCUGGUCCUGACACCCACCUUCACCUCACGCUCCACCCCUCCACUCAGGCAGACAGUCAGGGAGCCUGGUCUCCUUCCUAUGAAGAGGACCUGCUUCAGGAUGCCUACGAUGUGGUGAAGAAAGAGAUGGACUCUGCUUCAGAGGACAGUCCUGUCCUGGCCCCUCCUCGGUGUGAUGACUUUGAGAAGCUCCGGGAGGUCUAUAAGAACAUCAUGUGUUUCCUCAAGACUCAGAUGGUGGAGAAACCAGAACAAAACCAGGACCUGUGUCUGUCUGCUACGAGGGACUAUGAGGAGAUCUUCCUCCAAUGCUCAGAGUCCUUCGACAGUGAGGAGAUGUGAACCACAGGGGGCUGCUGAGGGGAGGACGGCUCAUUAUAAUGGCUGGAACGGAGCGAAUGGAAUCGCCAUGGAAACCAUGUGUGACGUAUUCGAUACCAUUCCACUGAUUCCGCUCCAGUCAUUACCAGGAAGCCUGUUCUCUACAAUUAAGCUGCCACCAGCCUCCAGUGAUGUGAACACCUAUUUGAUGUGCGAAAGUGUUUGUUCGUUGUGAAAUGAAAGACAAAUUUGUGUUACUUAUUAUGACUUGUUAAGUGAUCACCUUUUGUGAUUGUUUUUAUAAAAUGUUCAGCUUUUUUAUUGUUACAGGCUUUCUACCUGUUAAUUAUUAUAGACAUUUUUUAUACUCUGACAUUCAUGUUCAGUUUUUUUUAUAUGAUGUUUUUUACUCAGGUUAGGCAAAUAAUAAUUCACAAGUUUGUGUUUGAUGUGUUUUCAUUGUUCAGCCUUUUUAAGCAUUUUUAAGAAUCACCAUUUCUCCAGCCAGUCUCUAUAUGUGUAUUAAACCCUGCCCCAGAGAGAGUUUUGAUAGCGAGGGAUGGUGGUUUCACAGUCUCCAGCAGCGGUUCCCAAACUAGGGGUCGCGACCCCAUGUGGGGAAGCCUGAUAUGAAAAUGGGGUCGUGGAAGAAUUUCCGAAAUCCUGAAAAAAAUAAAGAAAAAUAAACAGAUUUUUUAAAAUAA